AUGAAUUUAAAUCAAGAAAUUUUAUCUUACCAUGGAUUUUUGAAAAUUAACCGAAAUACUAUUAUUGCUUCAUCAUUAACUCAAUUAACUGAUUUUCCAUUAACAUCAUCCAAAUGGCAAAUCCUUGAUAUUACUUGGAAUAAUCACUUUUUGGAGAAGGCAAGAGAAUUAUUGGACUCAAAUACUUUUGUUGAAUUAAGAAAAAAGGAAAGUGAAAAAGAAAAUACUUUUACUACUGUUACAUCUCUUUCAAAAAAAACAAUUAAAUUUUCUGAAAAAAAACUAUCAAAAGAAAAUACUUUUACUACUGUUGCAUCACAACCAAAUAUAUCAUUACUUUCAAAAAAAACAGGUAAAAGUUCUGUUAAAAAUCUUUCUGAAACUUUACAACUAGAUUUAUCUAAAAAGAAUAUAACAUUUAUUAAUGACUUCUGUUAUGAUGAUGUUAAAAAUAAGGUUAUAGAAUAUCCAAUGGAUUUAUUUACUAUAAAUUCAAAAUUAGAAAAUAAUCAAUAUACAAGUUUAAAAGAAUUUGAAAAAGAUAUUCGUUUAAUAUUUUGUAAUUGUUAUACAUAUAAUGAUAUUAAAAGUAAAGAAUAUUGUUCAGGUAAAAUAUUAGAAUCUGUUUUUAAUGAAAAAUGGAAUGAAAAAAUUAUUCUUUAUGAUAGACAAACAAGAGAACUGAAAAGAGUAAGAGAUACUGAUACUGAUGAUACUGAUAAUACUGAUAAUACUGAUAGAUCCUGGAAGAAACAAUGUCAAAUUUUAGAACAAAAUAAAAAUAAUUUAAUAUAUAGACAGGUCAUUAAUGAUGCACUCCUUGUUGCUUCAGCAUAUGAAAGUCUUGUUAUAGGUAAUAUUAUACCUUUUAUUGAAAUUUUAAAGACAUUUCUAUUAACUAGAUCAAGAAUGUCUUUAUCUUUAGCAAAUGAAUCUAUGCUUCAGGCAAUUAUUGAAAGUCUUCUACCAUUAAAAUAUCGUAUUCCAGAGCUUUCAUUAGUAAUGGAUGAAAAAGUUAAAGGGAUCAGGUCGCUUUGGUUAUUCAGAUAUUUUUGUUUUGAAAGGAAUAGGUGA